CCCUUUUACUGUUGGAGGAAGGAGGAGCAGGUCAGACCACUGCUCUUGUGGGGUGCGUGCCUCUUUGUCUCUGUGACGGCUGCUGGCCAUUGCUGUAGGAACCUACUUGUAUCCAGAGCCAGGGAAGGGCAAUGCAAGCAAGCUGGUGAAGGCCUUCCUCCUCUCCACCAUGGUCGACAGCACCAAGUAUGAAGUGGCUGCCCAGCAUGAGGCAAAUACCUCUGCUCUGGGAGAUGGGGCCAGCCCAGCGGCCGAGCAGGUAAAACUGAAGAAGGAGAUCUCGCUACUUAACGGCGUGUGCCUGAUAGUGGGGAACAUGAUUGGCUCCGGCAUCUUUGUCUCCCCCAAGGGUGUACUCAUGUACAGUGCCUCUUUUGGCCUCUCCCUCGUCAUCUGGGCUGUCGGGGGCAUUUUCUCCGUCUUUGGGGCCCUUUGUUAUGCGGAACUGGGUACCACCAUUAAGAAAUCUGGGGCCAGCUAUGCAUAUAUCCUGGAGGCCUUCGGGGGAUUUCUUGCCUUCAUCCGCCUCUGGACUUCUCUGCUCAUCAUUGAACCCACCAGCCAGGCCGUCAUCGCCAUCACCUUUGCCAACUACAUGGUGCAGCCCCUCUUCCCGAGCUGUGGUGCCCCCUAUGCUGCUGGCCGCCUGCUGGCCGCUGCCUGCAUCUGUCUCCUAACCUUCAUUAACUGUGCCUAUGUCAAGUGGGGGACCCUGGUCCAGGAUAUUUUCACCUAUGCUAAAGUGUUGGCACUGAUCGCUGUCAUCAUUGCAGGCAUUGUUACACUUGGCCAGGGAGCCACAACUCACUUUGAGAAUUCCUUUGAGGGGUCGUCAUUUGCAAUGGGUGACAUUGCCCUGGCGCUCUACUCAGCUUUGUUCUCCUACUCAGGGUGGGAUACCCUUAACUAUGUCACUGAAGAGAUCAAGGAUCCUGAGAGGAACUUGCCCCUGUCCAUUGGCAUUUCCAUGCCCAUUGUCACCAUCAUCUACCUCUUGACCAACGUGGCCUAUUACAGCGUGCUAGACAUGAAGGACAUCUUGUCGAGUGAAGCUGUUGCUGUGACCUUUGCAGACCGGAUUUUUGGAAUAUUCAACUGGACAAUUCCGGUGGCAGUUGCGUUAUCCUGCUUUGGGGGUCUCAAUGCUUCUAUUGUGGCUGCUUCUAGGCUUUUAUUUGUGGGCUCAAGAGAAGGCCACCUCCCUGAUGCCAUCAGUAUGAUUCAUGUUGAGCGGUUCACGCCAGUGCCUUCUCUACUCUUCAAUGGUAUCUUGGCACUGGUCUACUUGUGUGUGGAAGACAUUUUCAAGCUCAUUAACUACUAUAGCUUCAGCUACUGGUUCUUUGUGGGGCUUUCUAUUGUGGGUCAGCUUUAUCUACGCUGGAAGGAACCCAACCGGCCUCGCCCUCUCAAGCUCAGCCUUUUCUUCCCCAUUGUCUUCUGCCUCUGUACCAUCUUCCUGGUGGCCGUUCCACUGUACAGUGAUACCAUCAACUCCCUCAUUGGCAUUGCCAUCGCGCUCUCAGGUUUACCCUUCUACUUCCUCAUCAUCCGAGUGCCGGAGCACAAACGACCUCUUUGUCUGCGAAAGAUUGUAGCCUCCACCACGUGGUACCUCCAGACGCUCUGUAUGUCAGUUGCUACAGAACUGGAUUUGGAAGAUGGAGAGACGCCUGAACAACAAGGUCGCAAGUCUAACUAGAGCUUGGAAUCCAGGGUGCUGCUUAUGUCCCAUUGGCCAGGACCUUUGGAGGCCCCCAUCCAGGAGCCCAGUCUUGACAGCUUCAACUUUGAACUUGCUUUUGAGGGAUGAAAAGUAAUUUAUUUGUUUUGCUACGUGUUGUUUCAGACUUCAUAAAGGGAUAAUGCAGACUGUGGCAGGAAGCAGGCCACCUCUGGAGCUUGGUUCUGGAAGCACCUGGUGUGUCUACCCACUCCUCUUUUCCUUUACAAGGGCCAACAAUGCUCCAAACUUGUCUCCUUUAGAGGGACACAAAACUGUCAUAGUUGCAAAACAAUAAAAAGGUUACGUUCCU